UUAAAUGUCAAUUUGCUACUUAAACUUGUAAUCAAUGAACAAUUAACCUCAAAAUCAGUUUUAUUUUUAUAAAAAAAACGCCAUGUCGUUCGAAUAAACACAGAAUUGUCAUGUAUAUAGAUACCAUCAUCAUCAUCACUGGACAUCGCUAGAACAAGAAAGAAAGCAAGUUAACCGUCUUAAGAAAUGGAAGAAGAAACGAAGAGGAAAGCUAAAAAAGAAGACUCGAGAAAUGGGUUUGAUUCGUUUAGCGAAGAUAUAGUAGAAAAGAUACUGAGAAAAUUACCAGCUUUAUCAUUAGCAUCAGCAGCCUGCGUUUGCAAAUCAUGGUACCAUAAUUCCAAUCGUAUCCUCUCGAGACCUAAGCUCGCCUCUGCUAUCUCUCUCAAUCCUUCCCUUGAUAUUGCUUUACAAGAAGUUGUUGAUAAAGUUCUCUCUGAAUCAAUUCGACCGCAUUUUGCCAUUGCAAGUGGAUUUGGGAAUAAAUUAGGCCUGGAGAAAAGUUUUGAUUUUUUAGCAGGAAAAUUUGGUUCAAGGACUCCACUAAUUGUUACUUGGGCUAAUGGGAUUAUGGGAAGAGAUGCUGUUACCAAUGAGUUUAGAGAGGUCAUGGGAAGAGAUGAUUCUAGUAAUUAUGAUGGUGAUGGUGAUGGUGAUGAUGAACAUAUGGAGAUUAAUUCUGGUUUUCUUUUGACUGUGGGUUUUGUACCGGGAUUAAAAGUUGAUGUCAUCCCAUAUUUGAGAAAGAUAAGGCCAGCACCUAUGGAAAUGAUUGAUAUAUUUGUGAUGGAUAUCAGGAAUUACACAACUUCUGCUUCAGGUUGCACAUCACCAGUUGGAAUUAUAAUGUUUGCAAGUGAAGAUUUUGACCUGAAACCUAUAAUGGAAAAGCUGGAUUAUGCUAUGUCAAAGGAAACUAUUAUCGUUGGUGAUGAGAGAACUAAAUUUUUGUACAGAAGCAGGAUAGAUUCAACAAAUCCAUUUGCAAAGGCUAUUGCUCUUGUGUUUGCAAAGGAUAGAGAAAAACCUCAUGGAUUAGGGGAAAUUCAAUUCCAUGCUGCAUUAUCAAAUGGUGUUUCUGCAAUAGGUCCAAGGUACAAGACAGCUUCUGCCAGAGAGGCCUUCCAUGAUCGAAAUACUUGGCUGACUGCCAGACAAGAAGGACAACCGGAGAUUCUUGAUGGGCAGAGGAUUCUAAAUGACAUCAAUGAUGAGUUGGAAAAUCGUAUUGGAGAUACUGAUCUAUACAUUGGGGUUACAGAACUCAGAAAACGUCGUAUUAGGAAAGAGAAGCCAAGGUUGAUGUCAUCCUUGUCCUUCUAUGGAGUCAUGGGAGGAGAUGAAGAGUACCUUUUUGUUCAUGGUAUUGGCAUCAGAACUGCUGACUAUUUCCAAUUUUACCAUUCAGACCCUAGUGCUGCAUUAUCUUCAUGUAGGAAUGUAUCUGCGAACCUAAGAAACUUGAGGCUAGACUGGAGUUGUAAAAAAUACCUUUAUCCAACUGAUGGUGCCAAUGAGUUUAAGAAGGAAUGUAUUGGGGGUUUCAUUUUCUCUUGUUGUGGUCGUGGUGAAGCAUUUUUCGGGAGUCCCAAUGUUGAUAGCUCUCCGUUCCUGGAGAAUUUUCCUGGGGUCCCAUUGGCAGGAAUAUUUUGUGGUGGGGAAAUUGGCCGCAGCUUCUCAAUCUCGAAUACGCUCGACGACCGUGAAGAAAGCACUCCUAGUAGAUGUCUGCAUGUGUUUAGCUCGGUAUAUCUGGUGCUAUCGUAUACUCCAAGUCCGGCCCCUAUGGAGCAAUAAAUCCUGUUCAUGUUUGUGGUUAGAAUGGAAAAGAAUCAGACAUGACCCGUUGCAAGUAGCUAAUAGUGUCUCUUUUUCAUAUUUCCAUUUUCUAAAUCAGCAGUCUUUGUUUUGUAAGUAAUGAUUAUACCAUAGACAUAUACAUGGUGGCAAAAACCGCACAAAAAUUACUCUGCUGGAAGGCCAAUAGCAUGCCUUGGUUUGCAUUAGUUGUACCUGUUAGGUAAUAUGAUCCUUGUAGCAUGUUACCUGUUUUAUUCUUUCUAUGUGGAGUUUAACUGCGGAGUAUCGGAUGAUUUUACAGAUUUACCAACAUGUACAUAUUUUGUUACGUUACCACAAAGAAACGGUGUGAUUUGAUUUAAA